AUGCGUUCUUGGACGUUAGCGGCCGUUGGCCUGUUGUCGGUGGCCGUCGAGGCGGCACCCAGACAAGUCCUUGGCGAUGAGCUGGAAGCAAGGGAUGCGGGCCUGGAACUCGUGGGCGUUGUUGGCGGCAUCGCGCCGCGGUCACAGCACGGCGGCGCGCAAGGCGAGGCGGACGGGGCCAUGGCCGUGCCCGAGGGGUGCCCGACCGGGACCGUGUUUGUGUCGACGACGACCAUCGACGUCACCGUCUACGUGACGGCUACAAACCCGGCGGUCACGGAGCCUUGCCUUGAUGACGAAACGAUAACCGUGACUCCGGUCACGACGACGACGACGACGGAGCCCUGCCCCGAGGAAACCGGGGCCGUGACCGUCAAGACCGUCAUAACGCGCAACCCGUAUGCCAACCUUACGUCGACGACGACGGUGCUCCACACGCCCACGGCAGGCGGCGACGAUGAACCUUGCGACCCGGAGACGGUGGUGUCGACAGGCUCCCUGACCAUUAUCCUCUCGACGACGACGCCGCCGCGCUCGCCCUCUACGACAGCGACGGAGCCAUGCGAUGACGAGACGGUGACGACAACCCUGACGGCCAGCAAGACGGCGACAGUGUCGACGACGACGACGGAGCCGUGCAGCGAUGAGACGACGACGGGGCUGACGACGCACAUGACGCUCGUGACGAAGCCGCCGGCCAAGACGGCGCAGACGACGACCAUCUGCGUCAUCGACACGGCCAUGACGCCCGUCACCAAGACGACGCUGACGGUCAAGCCGCCGGCGACGGUGGUGCCGACCAAGACGGUCUACGCCCACGACAAGGCCACGGGGCGGCCGUCGCCCGAGUCGGCGUACUGCGGCGUCAAGGGCGAGCCGGCGGGCACCUACUUCAUUGCCGAGUUCAUCGAGGACCGGCCUGGCGUGCCCGUCACCGAGGAGGGCUGCUACCAGUUCUGCGAUAGCGUCAUGGAGGACACCAAGGGCUGCAAGGCCUACCGCUACUACCCCAACGACCUGGGCGCGCCCCGAUGCAAGCUCUACGGCAUGCCCGUGUCGUACGACGUGCGCGACAUCGACAACCACCAGCCCGGCAUGUGGUACGACCUGGCGUGCGGACCGCCCAGCGCUCGGUCUCGGUCGUCGCAGCAGAAGGUGCAGAAGAUGCAGAGGCCGCAGGUUCAGGACAAGUUUACGAGCGGCAAGACUGAGGGCGCCAGCAUCGAUACUGUCGCCGCAGUUGACGAUGCCAAGGAUAAGGCCAAGAAUAAAGCCAAGGACAAGGUCCAGGAUCACCAUGAAGGCACGCACAGCAGGAACAGCACCAGCUCCGGCGUCAGGACAGCCAGCGGCAACGACAACGAUGGUCGCAACCCCGGUAGCAUCGACGACACGAUGAACACGCAGCCCGACAUGAAGCCCAUUGGCGGCAACGACAGCCCGAUGGACGCCGCACAGCCCGAAAUGCCCACCGGCGGCAGCGGCAACAGCAGCCCCAUCCCCGGCGCUCCCGUCGGCGGCACGCCCAAGAAGGGCAGCCUGCUGGGCCUCGGCCUGGGUGUCAGCCCGCUUCGCAGAUGA